CGGCGUUGGCGGUGGCUGGUGGCGGUGGUUUUGUGCUAGUGUUUAUCGCUCUUGUGUAUGUCACGCAAUUGAAAACCUUCUUUCUCUUUUUGUGCGAUUUUUCAGUAUUUGCGAUUUGUUUAUUGUGGAAAAAUAAUGUCGGGAUACCGCAAGGUGAACUAUUACGAAUUGUGUCGAUUGUGUACCAGCAGUGAAGGUAACAAGAUGAAUAUUUUUCGUGAUGAAGGACGUAGACGACAAUUGCAAACAAAAAUACAGACGUAUCUUCCGAUACAGAUUAUGGAGGAGGAUUCAUUACCAAAAAUUGUAUGCCAUGAAUGCGUCAAGAAGCUAGAGAAUUUCAUAGAAUUUCGAGAAACUGUUGUCAAUGCUGAGGGUAUGUUGGAAUCUUAUUUCACUUCACUUCGUUUUUCCGAGGAAUUUCUGAAAGAAGGAAAAGUUUAUGUAAAGAAUACUGAAAAGGAAAGACCGUCUACACCAGAGGAUGAAGUUCUAAAGUCAGUGGAUAAACCAACACCAGUGGGAGGCCAAAUAAUAAAUAAUCAACAAACAGAUCAAAUACAUCAGCAACCUGUCGUAGUUAGCAAUAUAAAUACUUCUAAUAUACAAAUUAUUAGUGGUGUUCAAGCAAGGGUACAACAAUACAAAUGUGCUAUGCAGAUGCAACCAGGUGGUAUGGCGGCAGCUGUCGUUGAAGCUACAGCAGAGACUCAUUACAGUUACCAACAACAAACUUCUCAAGUAUCACAAUCAAAUGAAGCGCAAAAUCAAAUCAGUGAUCAACAAAAUCAGUCUCCUGUAAUUCAGACACAAACUCAAAACCAAGUACAGAAUCAUAACCAAAUAAAUCAGCAAGUACAAUCCCAAAGAGCAAUGUCUCAACAAUUGAAUCAGUCAGCACAAUUAUCUCAACAGGUCCAACAACAGAGUCAAAGUCAAAUCAGUCAACCAGUACAAAGUCAAUCACAGAUAUCACAGCAGCUUCAACAAUUACAGAGGCAACAAUGUGAAUUUGAAAAGCAGCAUAGACAACUUCAACUUGAGAAACAGCAAGUGCAAAUCAUAACACAACAAGAGUUUUCAGUGAAACAAGAGACACCAGUUGUACAUCAAAAUAAUAAUAUAGUUUUCAAAACUGAAACAGACAUAGAACCGAGUCAACAAAUUAUACAAAAGAUACAAUCCGAAACCCAAAAAGAUGAAUCUCCUAACCCAACUGUACAAACUUAUACUACAGUACAAGCAACGCCAGAAGUAUUUCUAAAUUUAGGUUUCAAAGAGACUCCAUUGAUGACGAUUCGAGACGAUAAAGAUUUUAAAGAAUUGACAAAAACGUCGUCUGAUGACGGAAUGUCUCGUAAUUCAAUUGAACAGAUCAGAGAAUUUCUAAGGCUUAGAUCAGGAUCGGAGCCAAAUUCUCUAAUCACUGUCAAUCCUCAAGGACUUUCACAAGGUGGAAGAAACGCUAUUUGUCGCGAUUGUGGUAAAAGCUUUCCUUCAUUCAAUCAAAUGAGCAAUCAUAAUUGUAAUGUUGAGACACUUGUAAGUGAACCAUCAGAUUCCGGAAGUAAGGAUGAUUCCUUGCAAAUUGUUAAUUCUUUUAAUUGUGACAUUUGUAGUAAGCCAUUUAAACGGAAAGAGCAUCUUUUCCAACAUCGAAAAUUACAUACCGGUGAGCGACCAUAUGUGUGCACGACAUGUACAAAAGCAUUCAGUCGUAAAGAACAUUUAGUUAGACAUUCGGUUUCUCAUACUGGACAGAAAAUGCACGAAUGUGAAAUGUGUGGUAAAAGUUUUUCACGUAAGGAUAAUCUACAUAAACAUCGAAAAACGCAUGGUGUAUCUGGUCCUUACAUCUGUGAAACUUGCGGAAAGUCAUUUGUUGUAAAACAUUAUUAUGUGAUGCAUUUAACUACUCAUGCGGUAGCUGUCAUGGAUGGUAUAAAUUGUCCUGAUCCAUUUCCAUAUAAAUGCGAUAUAUGCCACAAAGCAUUUUCAGUAAAACAAUAUCUUACUACACACAGACUUAGACAUAGAUCAAAAAAUAAUAAUUCUGCACAAAAUAGUUUAAAUGGGCAUCAACAACAGUCAAAUCCUACAAAUAAUGUGAAUGUAGUGACAAAUAACGUUAGUAAUACUGGAAAUUUAAAUAAUAAUGGGCAAUCUAGCAAUGAGUCGACUGUUGAAAUGCAAAGUGUUAUUGAACGGAACGAACAAGUUAAUAGUUCAUUUGCUAACAGUCAGUACCAUACUAAUAUGCAAGAGUUUCAAUGAGAUAAGGGAAAGCGUGUCUAUUAUGUUCUCUUGCCAAAUGGUAACAAUCAUAAAAUCGUGGUUGUAUAAGCAAGAGAAACUUUAUGACGCGCUGAAAUAUUUUUUUAUGAUUUUAUUCUCUUGAACGAAUGUGGUAUUUGUACUUUAAUACUAUAGGAAUGAAAUCAAAAUGAUUAUUCUAACAAAUUAGAUAUUUUGAUGUACACACAUCGGACAGAAAGUAGAUCUGUUAAAUUCACCGGACAUAACGAUAUAUUUUGCCAACGAAUUAUAUGGAAUGCAUACUGUAGUUUUUAAAUGAGUGCUCAUUCGGAUCUAAUAUUUGAAAGAUGUGUGUUAUAUGUUAUUAAGGGGAUGCUGGAGUGACAGCCGAACUGAUUAAUGUCGAUAAUAUAAAUUCUUUUUAGUACUAUAUUAUAACAAUGUUCACAAUAGCAUCUUUAAUUAAUUUACAUUAUUGUUCUGUCUCACUCAAAUGCAUAUAUCUGUCCUUAUCUAACAUAUUACAGCGCAAUCUUUUGCAAGAUCCGGCACCUAUUGCUAGACACAAUUACUGCUCUGUUUACCAUUCUGAAUCUUCGCUAAACAUACGUAUACACAUACUUUGCAGCUGAAUAU